AUGAUGUCGUCGUCGACGGGAACGGUGCCAGACGACGCCGUCGGAUCUGCAGGCGUGGAAGGGGAGGGCGAAGGCGUCGACGUUACCGUAGGGGAGGGGGAAGACGCUCCCGAGGUCUUGGCGGCCGUGGGUGACGCCGACGGCGGUGCCGACCCGGGGACUGUGGAGCGGCAGCCAAUAGGGAACGCGGCCGGGGCCGCCCAGCCCGUCUUCGCCAGCGGGGGCGAGUUUGUGAGCAAGGAGCACCGGCGGGCCGGGCCGUUCAAGGCCGUGCUGCUGUACCUGGACUACGUGCGGUGGCUGUGGGACGUGACGGACAAGGAGAGACUGGACCGGGAGCAGCCGCAAGGAGUGGUGUCCGAGAAAGUGAAGACGGUUAUUUCCGGGAUUGAGGAGCUUAGCCGGGACGCAGGGAUUAGCCUCACGGAGAGCAGCAUCAGGCCGCAGUUCGAGGCGCUCGUGUCUUCCUCGGAUGCGCUUAAGAAGGAGCUGGCGAGCGCUAAGAUCAACCCGGCGCAGUCCGCGACAGCAUCGGGCGGCUCGGCGUCGAGCCCCGCCCCCCCCAAAGGAAUCCUGUCGACUCUGACGAAGCGGGUGCGGACGGGAGUACUGAUGGCGGCGGUGGCGACGGUGUGGAUCUUCAGCGGGAACUGGGUGUUUUCCGUCGGCUUCGCGUUGCAGGCGCUGCUGGCACAGCUGGAGUACUACCGGAUGGCCAUGCAGAAGGGCGUGAAGCCGGCCCGGCGUAUCAGUGCGGUGGCUACGGUAUUGCUCUACUCCUUCGCCGUUGGAUUCCCUUACCUGCACAACUACGUCAUGGCCAACAUCGGACUCUACAUCAUGUGUUACUUCCUCCUUGUGAGACGCACGCCCGCGACGAUCGGAGACAUCUCCACCACCUUCAUGGGUGUCUUCUACGGCGCCUACCUCCCCAGCUUCUGGGUACGGCUCCGAGCUCUCGGCACGGGUUUCCCCACUGUCUCGUGGGCGGGGGUGCGGGCGUACUUUCCGUGGUACCCGGCGUGGGCUCCGGUGCCGGUGCCUGACACGAUUACCCAGGGCGCCUUGAUCACGUGGUGCACGUACAACACCAUCGUGGCCGCGGACGUGGGCGCGUACUUCGUGGGCAAGUCCCUGGGCAAGACGAAGCUGUCGGCGGUGAGCCCGGCGGCGGGCUACGCCUCCCCCAACAAGACCAUCGAGGGUCUCCUUGGUGGCCUAGCGGCCUCGUCGCUUGCUGCAACCAUCGGCGCCCGCCUGCUAAGGUGGCCGGCGUGGUGGGCAACGGGGCCCGCCUACGGAGCGAUGCUGUGCCUCGUAGGCCUUGUGGGGGAUCUCACUGCGUCGGUUUUUAAGCGGGACGCCGGGUUCAAGGACUCGGGGAGCCUGCUGCCGGGACAUGGGGGGUACCUCGACCGCGUGGACAGCUAUAUAUUCACGGCGCCCCCGGCGUACAUCUUCGUGAAGUUGAUUCUUCCUCUAGCCGCGAAGCUCGUCGCGAGCCACGUAUAACGGAGGAGAUUGGGGGCAGCGGUGGCGGAGCUUUGUCACCGCCAGUACAGUCUCCCACUCUGACGCCGGUCCCAAUCGAUGUAGGCGAGCAGCAGCAAUCAAUCAAAGGGGAGUGAACCACGGGGUAUCACUAGACGGGAAUCCCUGUAAAUGUAGCUGGCAUCUUGGUCUGGAAGGGAUUUGUUGUGAUGGUCGCGCUCGUUGCCGCCCGGCAACUGCUAUGUGCGCGUUUUUCGAGAAAGGUUGUUUAAUUGUGGCCAGACGUAGAGAAAGCCCGCGGGGUAAGGGCAUCAUACACGUUCGACUUUGUGAGGGUGUUUAUUUGUGCGAGCGAGAUGGAGGGGUUUAAGGGGGCAUCACUGUUUGCUUGUUGAGAUGCAGCCGGGGCUUCCGGUGUUGCCAAGUUCUUUGUUACCCUGCCGGUUG